AUGUCCGAAGCCUACGAACGAGAGCGCCAGAACAAUGCGCGCCUGGAUGAGCUCUCUGCAAAGGUCUCCGCACUUCGCGGUGUGACAGUCGACAUUUACGAUAAUGCCCGAGCUCAGGAUGUCAUCGACAACACCUCCGAUACUUUCUCCUCCAUGACCACACAGAUGAAGGGCUCUGCUGGCCGCUUAACUCGCAUGGCUGCAUCAGGCAACCGUGUCGCUAUUCUCAAACUCUCGGGAAUCGUUAUUGGCGUCUUCUUGGUGUUAUUCUACGGGGCUAAACUGUUGUUCUAA